AUGCACUCAAGAACUGAUAGCGGACGUGUCAAAGAGUAUGUCCCAGAAUGUACUCAAGAACUGAUAGCAGACGUGUCAAAGAUUAAUCUUCAAAAAAUAUCAAACAAAUUUUUCAGGCAAAGAGAGGCGCCCUUUACGUUUAAUAGAAGCCGUUCGGCUGAAUAUCAAAAUCCUUUGGAAAGGAUUCCGAUACCUACUCGGAGAAAUGUAGAACUAGGACCUGAAGUUCUCCAGGUUCUUCGGAGACUAGAGACCCAAAGACAAGGAGUAAAUAACAACUCAGAAGAGGAUUGCACGGAGGAUGCGUCGCUGUUAAAUGGAUUCAUGGAGGGUUUCCAGGAGGACAUAGAGACAGAACCGGAACCUGAACAUCAAGUUGAUCCUGAGGUUGAAGACAAGCUUGGAGCCGAACCUGAACCUGGACUUAGAUAUUAUGAUGAAUCUAAAUCUGAAAACCUUCUGCAAAGUUUUAUUAACAGUUUAGUUAUCGCUGCAGGAUUUGCUGUCCUUGCAACAUUGGUGUAUUGGUAUCAAUGAAAUAAGCAAAACUGUAAAUAAUUUAGACUAAAGCAUUUGAUUGGAACACUAUUUCAUUAUGCAUUUUUUUCGUGGAAGGCAAGAAUAGACCCUAAAUGAGAAUUUAAUGAAGUUUAAUAAAAAGUGUAUAUAAAAAUUCCUAAUAGGAAUUCUAACAAUCGAAUACAAAAUGAUUUUGCCAAGAAACAAGCUUGCAUUCAGCAAAUAAUAUGAAUAGUACAUUUCUUCAUACGGUCGUCUCAGAAAAGGGUAACCCUGGGUCUACUUUAUCGAUAUGAAAGACUGGUUAUUUGACCGUUUAUGUAUUUCACACUUUUAUGCUUCCUCAUAAAUACCAAUAAAAUUGAA